AUUCCAGGCAAGCUGACAUCAAAGUGCCCAAUUUCAUGGUGAAAUUAAACCUUCAGAAUAUCAACUGCAUGGGUAAACCUCUUGUUUAGUGGGAAACGUGCAAACUGCAUGUAGCCAAUCUGUAGUUCCACCACUAGAUGCCAGUAUGUCAUGUAAUAGAUCUCUUUAAUCUGACGGCAGGGCAGUUAGCCGAUAAUCUAUGAAGUGUCUAAGUACAACAUGGUCAGCUCCCUUGGAGCAUUUUGCCAGAAAUACGAUAGUAUGUGCCACCACUUUUAGGUCCCACUAAAGCAGGUGUAGAAUUACUCAAACUGCAUAAGCGAAAUACUUCUUGGCUGCUUUUCUACUGGAUCGUUGAGUCUUUCUGAUUUUUGCUAUUUGGAUCUACUAGUGUGCUAGACACUGGGUGUGCUUGCAACUUAAAAGCAAGUUGGAAAAUUCCUGGAUGGACUAACAACUUUUAUUCCUUCAAUGGAUGUCGGACAAGUGGUGGCAUCUGCAAAGCCUGAAAAGGAAAGCCUGGCCUUAUAGGGAGAGCCCUGUGCAAUGACACAAUGGCUCUAAUAUAACGUGUCGCUUGACCUGAGCUUGAAGGCAAAGGAACAAAGGAACUCCCAAGUGACUCUUUUUGAAGACCAAAUAGAACUAAGAAGCCAUCAAAGCCAUCUCACCAUGGACAAAUUCAAGACUGCUAUGCUGCUUGCAGGGGUCGGGGAUGCUCUGGGCUAUAGAAAUUUCACACAGGAAAACAAUGCUUUAGGUGCAAAGAUCCAAGGAGAACUGAAGGAAAUUGGAGGGCUCGAAAACCUGGUCAUGUCCCCUGACAAAUGGCCAGUAAGUGACAAUACUUUUAUGCAUAUGGCUACAGCAGAAGCUCUCAUCACAGAUUACUGGUGCUUAGAAGACCUGUAUCGGGAACUUGUAAAACGCUAUGUUGAUAUAAUUGAGAAACUUCCUGGGAGACGAUCUGACCCCUCUACAAUUGAAGGCUGCUCACAACUGAAGCCAGAUAACUAUCUCCUAGCUUGGCACACACCCUUCAAUGAGAAAGGUUCAGGAUUUGGAGCCGCCACAAAAGCCAUGUGCUUGGGGAUGAAAUACUGGAAGCCUGAUAGACUGGAAUCUCUCAUUGAAGUGAGCAUUGAAGUUGGACGCAUGACUCACAAUCAUCCUACAGGGUUUUUGGGAUCACUGUGCACAGCUCUCUUUGUUGCAUAUGCAAUACAAGGAAAGCCACUGGUCCAAUGGGGAAGAGAAAUGAUGAAGGUUGUCCCAAUGGCUGAAGACUAUUGCAAAAAGACAAUUCGGCACAUGGCAGAAUAUCAGGAGCAUUGGUUUUACUUUGAAGCAAAGUGGCAGUUUUACUUGGAAGAGAGAGAAAUUAAUGAAGAUAACCAGAAUAAACCUUGCUUUCCUGACAACUAUGAUGCAGAGGAAAGAGAAAAGACUUACAGGAGAUGGAGUUCAGAAGGUCGUGGAGGAAGGAGAGGUCAUGAUGCUCCAAUGAUUGCGUAUGAUGCUCUCUUGGGAUGUGGUACUGAUUGGACAGAGCUCUGCAACCGAGCCAUUUUCCACGGGGGUGAAAGUGCUGCAACCGGAGCUAUUGCUGGCUGUUUGUACGGGUUGCUUUAUGGCCUCAAUAAAGUUCCUAAAGGCUUGUACCAGGAUCUGGAACAACGAGAGAGGCUAGAACACCUGGGGGAGACUAUUUUUCGACUGUCUUCGGAGGAAAACAAAAGAAAGGAUGCAAAACUGGGCAGUGACCAGGUGCAGAUUGAUCCAAUGGCACUGAAGAAGAAGCUUGACAAGAUGUCGACAGAAUUUGGAGCAUUUGCCGUCCUCAGCAGCCUUCUGGAAUACCUCACAGACCUCCUCUCCAGCCAUCCACAAAAUGAAAGCAAGAAAGCCAAGUGGAAGGAAAACAUAGCAAACAUGAUGAACGCAAAGAGGGAAUGUCAGAGUCCACGCAGUAGCACCCGCCCCACAAAAUUCCAGCUUCUGCAGUCAAGGUUCCUGAACAGCAAUCGUGAGCCUUAUCGAAAGAGGUCGAGAGAUGUUGGCAAGCUAAACAUUAAAGAAAAGCAGACUGCAGGUAGAAAUGGGCUAAACUCUAUUGUGAGCAAGCUAGACAAAAACUCUUUAACAGAAGAGGAAAGUCCGAGAAUAAUACUCCAAGACAAAGCCAAAUGGAUCAGCUGUUGUGGAAAAAAUACUGUGAAGAACGUUCUGAAGAAAUUCUUAGCUAUCGAGGAAAAAGCAGCCAAGGAAAAAGCAGCUAAGGAGAAGCAGCCAACACCAAAAAAGAAAACACCAAACAAUAACCUCCCCAAAAUAAUCAAUAAAAACUCUGUCUUGUCCAUAUUGAAAGAGAAAUUUGAACAAACUAGUAAUGUUUGUUCUGCUAUUGAUGUGAAAGCUUUUCUUCCAGGCAAAUGUGAAAAAAAGAAUAAAAACAGGCCAGAGAAAAAAAAGAUUUGCAAAGCUGAAGUCAGAGUGCUGGAGAUGGACCUGAGGACAGUCACAAAUAUACAUGGUCUUCAGCCUCAGCAUUUGGUGUGUACAACUGUUCCAAUGCCUAAAUUCUGUGUUGCUACUGAAAUUAGCCACCCUUGGAGCUGGGCAACAAAUGGCAAGUCUACUGUUCAGCUUUCUGAUCAUAAACCUGAAGGGAAGGAAACAAAAAAGACCCAGAAUAAACAUGAUGUUCAGCUUGAUGAGAACAAGAUACCAAAGAACUUGGUACAGGAAGGACAUCAAAAAGGACAGUUGCAAAACAAAAGUCGUGAAAUCCCUAUGGCUGUGACUGACAAAAAGGGCAUAGUUGAGGUUGAUGUGAUCUCUCAGAGUCCAGAUUCUAAUCUAGAUAGUGUUCCGGUUUCACAAGAAAGUGUGUCCAGUGUAGGCAACAUUCCUGCAUUACUUAAAACCAGUCUAGACCAUAAAGAGGAUUUCCUACCAACUGCAGACAAUACAUUCUCUAGCUUUAGGGAUGAAAAUAAAUCACACACUGUUAGCAAUGAUAGUGUCCCUACUACCUGCUCCUCAUCUCGUCCAACCAAAGGGGUAAGUGCACACAGACACCAGGAAAUUAAAGGGAAUGAGAUCCUUGGCAUAUCUGAGGGCAUGUGUAGGCCAAAGCAGACCAAAAUAGAAUUAACAGAGCCCAAUAAAGAUCUUCCCUUUGCUGGCCAAAAAUGCUUCCCUGAAGAGAAAGUGAUGGAAAAUAUUCCACCAUUUCAGUCUCCUGGUGCACAGGCAUCUUGUAACAUGGAGUCUCCAGCCAUUGACCUGCAACCAAGCAUUGAACCUGCAGCUGUCGACAAAAUGCCUCGACUAAAGCCAAGUCAGGAGACUGUAAAGGCUCCAAAGAGCAAGUGUUCUGAUACGGUUCAGAACAAAGAAAAACAGUCUGAAAUGGGAGAAAUAUCUUCAAAUGCUCCCAAAGGUGAACAAGCAAAUCAAGCAAAGCAAGAGAAGCUAAAGGCAGUGAAAAGUCAAAGAAAGUUGCCUGACCAAAGUGAGCCUUUUCCCCAGAAGCCAAAGAGCCAACAAAGUAACCGUGAUAACUACAGCCAAAACAUAUCAAAACAGACUCUGAACCAGGAAGGCCAAACUCGCAUGUCUGAUGAUAGCCGGAAAGAGAAUAAUGAUGAAAAGAACAAGCUUGAAAAGCAUUCUUCCUCUGCUGUUUUAGAAAAACCCAGUGGUAUUACAACAGUGGAGAAUAUUGAUGCAGAUAAGUUAUGUUCAGGCAAUGCAAUAACAAAUCCAGAGCCCAAUAAUGAGAAAGAAAAGAUUUCUGUAAAUCACUUAGAGACUUCCCGAAGCCUCUUAAAAGAAGUUAUUAGCCAUGAAGUCUAUGAGCUGGUAGAAAUUCCUGGAUCUUUUUCACAAAAAUGUCAUUCAUCCUCAAUGGACCAUUUAGUCAAACCAGAGAAUAAUAUUGCAGAAGUCAAUAGACCUUACUGUGGUGGUGGAAACAUCCAAACACCUUUACCCAAGGAACUGUCAAAAAAUGAAAGCUGUAUUCAGGAAGACAAGGCAGUAGGACAUAGUUCUGAGGAACAUCACCCAUCUUCUCUGAGUGAAAGGGAAAAAGACAAGAGCACCCCUGGACAAGAUCAAAAAGCAGCAUGCAAUCUGCACAAUGAUUUAAUCAAGAGCAAAAAGAAAACUGUAGAAAACAAGAACAUUUUGCCAAAGGUACAUGAAAAUAAGUAUCAACUAACCCCAACAAGGGAGCUAAAGAGAAAUGAAAUCAGUCCUGUAGGAGAAGCAGACUCCAUGCCCAAUGUGGACAAGCAAGAAAUGACCAUGCCAAAUAAAACUGAGGAGCAAGAAAACACCCAAGUGAUGGUAAAAAAAGAGAAAUCUGGAAAAAGCAGUUUCCCUUCCCAAAAUAAAACAGUCCUGCUGGGAAGUAGUGCUGGAAGAAAACAAAAUGCAUCAGAGGGAAUCCAAUGCCUAAAGCCACCAGCUGUGAACAGAAAGGGACAAGAGGACAAGGGGACAGAAGACAAAACUUCUCUGUUGGAAAUUAAGAAAGCAGUGCAAAACUCCAAGGAGCCCAAGGAUUCAAUAAAGGGUGACCCUUCGAAGGAUGGUGGAGGAAAAUCAGAAAAAAAUAUUACUGAAACACAAGACAUAGUUCCACCAAAGCCAGGACUGUUGCAUUCCUCAGAUGACUCAACACAUCAAACUUCAUCAAGAAAUUUAGUUAAACGUGGUGUUGAUGAUGGUAGUGGUGUUUCAGCAAGAAACAAGACCACUAUGAACGACCAACACUCUUCGUGCAUAGAACCAAUGAAAAAUGAUACUAACGCUGAAAGAAAAAAUACCCAGGAUGUGCUUCAACAUGACAACAUACCAUCUUCUUUACCAUCUGAUGAUAAAGUGAAGCCUGGAAUUAAAAUAGGGACGGCAACGGACAAGAGACAUGCUUCAGGACAGAAUAUAUUAGCUUUAAAAUAUGAAACUCUGAAGAGUAAAAAGAAUACUGAAAGAGAGAGGAGCACUUUGGGCCAUUUGAAGAAAGAUAAAAUACCACCAUCAAAAGAACAGAUUACUGAGCCAAUGAAUCUUCCAGGCGGAAAGACACAAAACCCAUCCUCAAAUGAUUCCAGGAACCUUAAAGUUAUUACUCAGGAUGAAAGGCAAGCACCGUGGAACAUCAAGAAGGGCCGGUUACCAUUAUCGGAUGUAAAACCAAAGAGUCAUCAAAGUAAUUUCACAGCAGGGAAACAGCAACAGCAACCCCAUGCAUCAGUAAAUUGUGUCAAGCCUAAACCAAGUAGAGAUGAAAAACAUGAGUGUCAUAAUUCUGAGAAAUAUCUCCCAUUUUCCUCAGAUGACCUAGGAAAACAUGAAAGGAAUGGUAGCAAGAAGACUGGCUCCUCAAAGAAUGUUGACAUACAGAGAGAGUCUCAGCUGAGUCAGGACAGAACGCCGCAAGGGGGAAAAACAGCCUGUGAGACAGAUGCAGCAGGUGCCCACUUAUCCUCUUCCUACGAGACACAUCCUAUAGAACAGAGGCAUAGUGCCGGCAAGUACAAAAUACUACCAGCACAUGAUUUAUCAGAGCUAGAACGUGAACAGAAUAAAAAAUAUGAAACUGGUGUAGUAAAGGAGGACAAAGCUAGAUUAGUAAGCCUAGAAAAAUACAAAGCAGAGAGUUAUAGUGAAGGACCAAUAAGUUCAUCUUUUAAACCGAUGGUUAUUCGAGCCAUUGACACAAUUAAGCUUGGUAACUAAUUUUUUUUUUACUAAAACAGAGACUUGGAUUUAUCGUCUUUCAGCUAAGUCUUCACUUCAGACAUUAAAAUCACACUGAAAUGUUUAGCUGCCAUUAAAUUUAGUGUCAUCUGAAAGCUCUAGGCCACAACGUAGUAACCAAGAGUACUUAUGAGGCUAUGCUUCACGUGUGAGAUAUCUUAAAUGUUGUAACUAUGAGAUGAAGGUAUGCAAAGACUGGGUCUACACAUGCACCAGAAUGAAGGAGUGGAAUGGAUUUAACCUUUCAGAUUACUAUAAAAUUGAUAGAAAUAACAUUUCUUAAUAUUUCCCUUUAUUAAAAAGAAUAUCAGACCAGGUUGGAACUUUUCUUCCAGGAAUGCUAACAUUCUUCAUGUCAUAUAUCUUCAAACUGCUGCCAUUUUAUGGGUAGGGCAUUUGGACACCCGCCUCAGAAAAGGAUGAGCUUUCUGGGGCAUGUGUAGACUUCAGUGUGAAUCCAAUCAGAUUUUUAAAACCCAAUUGGGCUCACAUUAAAGUGUUGUCUGGAACCACUCUCAGGCUUCAUCUAUAUCCAGAGCCAGUCCAGAGGCAGAUACACAUACUAUCCUUAACCUGUGGCAACAGCAGGUUGGAAUCCAGCCAGACCAGCUGGGCCACGACCAUCACUAUUGCUCUCCGCAUCACCAUCACUGCUGUCAGAAAACCACAGUGAGAGCUCUUGCCCAUUGUGGACAUCCUGUGCUGACAUCAGAAAAAAAGAAGGUGGAUUGGCUUGCUCUAUCUCCUUGUUUGUGUGGGUGCCUCUGCCAAUGUCAGCCCAUGUGGACAGCAAACUGGACUCAGUCCUGUUGUUGACACUAUGUCAAAGCCAUGGAGUUGUUGCAGAGUUUCAGUCAAAGUCUGGAGCAUCUCCCAAGUUUUAACAAGGGGCUAAACUGGGUUAACGCAGUUUAUCCCAUGACAACAACCAGAAACUGCAGAAUGUAAUGGGAGUAGCUAAGAGUGACAUCACAGUGAGUAAUGGUUAUUACACACUUGUAGAUGAGCCCAAAGUCAAUUUCACUAAAAUGAAAGUAGCCAAGAGUCCUCUGGUACCUUGAAGGCUAUACAUAUAUCCUUGCCUUUGUACCAACUACAGUAACCUAAGUGGAUCAAUAGAAUUGACUCACCAUUCUACAAUGGAUUCAGUGGGCCUACUCUAAUUAGAACUAUAAAUAGCCAUUAUUCUCAGAUAAAUUUACCUAAGUUGCGCUAUGCUGUUGCUGUCUUUUGGUAGUAAAUUUUGCUGAACGCAGUGGAAAUAACCCUGUAUUACACAUGUCAAGCAAAGACAAUGUACCUUUGAGAGCCAAAUGCUGAAGAAAGAGAAAGGUGAACUAUAGUUUCUCGCAGCCAGCUUUUGGCUAUAAAAUUUUGAGUUAUCCUUCAAUGUGAAUCUGCAGGAAAGUUUUUAAUAUCUUGCAAAUUAAAAACAAUCACAUCCUUUAAAAACCUCAUUAUCACUUAAGUUCUUUUGCCAAAGGUCGAAGUUAGUAUAAAAUCAAGAUGAGCCUUCCAGGUCUAAUUUUAAUCUAUAUUUACUCCUUGGAGUUGGGGGGCAGAAGGCGAUUGUUUGUCUUCUGUUAAUUCCUGUGAACACUGUUACUUUUACAUAAACUAUAUAGACAUUUUAAUCUUGCCAUGUAUGUAUUGUUUUUUGUCUAUCAAAUGUUUUUAUUAAAACUAAGCUGUGAAAAUAGUGGUGUUGAUCAUGUGGAGAAGGUAACGUAAACCUAUGAAAGUAGUGAGGGGAACAAUCUUAGAAAAUAUUUUCAUACUACAAAAUAUCAUAAACCCAAAUGAUGUGUUUGUAUUAUCAUCAACGGCUUUCAGAGCAUGACGAAUCAUAUUGCAUAGGAGGUGUUUUACAUCAGGAGUAAUUUCAACAGUGGAAAUAAAGAAUGCCUUAUUGUAUAGGA